CCUGUCUCCGGCGCCGUCAGGAAACAGAUCGAGAAUUUUGUUCCUCUUGUUCCUUAUCGCACAAGAAGAUUAUUCUUGGAGGCGAUUUUGCACGGUGGGCACGCUGGACGCGGAGCAGGAUCUACGCAGGAGGCACAAACCGGACACCGUAUUCUUCUUUUGCGGCUUUAACGCGAUGGAGCCAGCCUUCGGUGAGGUGAACCAGCUCGGCGGUGUUUUCGUAAACGGCAGGCCGCUCCCGAACGCCAUCCGGCUCAGGAUCGUGGAGCUGGCCCAGCUCGGGAUUCGACCCUGUGACAUUAGCAGGCAACUGCGCGUCUCGCACGGCUGCGUCAGCAAGAUCCUGGCCCGGUACAACGAGACCGGCUCCAUCCUCCCGGGGGCCAUCGGAGGCAGCAAGCCGCGGGUCACCACACCCACCGUGGUCAAGCACAUACGGACAUACAAGCAGAGGGACCCGGGGAUUUUUGCCUGGGAGAUCCGGGACAGGCUACUCGCCGACGGGGUCUGCGACAAGUUCAACCUCCCGUCCGUCAGCUCCAUCAGCCGGAUCCUCCGAAACAAGAUCGGGAACCUGUCCCAGCAGGGUCAAUACGAGUCGGGCAAGCCGGCGCCUCACCCUCCGCCGCAGCCGGCGCUACCCUACAACCACUUGUACUCAUACCCGACGUCCAAAGUGCCCACCCCCCCUGGCAUGCCCACCCUCCCCGGACACAUGGCCAUGCACAGAAUAUGGCCUUCCUCGCACUCUGUAACAGAUAUUCUGGGGAUACGGUCUAUUACAGAGCAACAAAUUAGUGACAGUCCAUCCUUUUCCAGCGCCAAACUAGAGGAAUGGGGCGCUAUAAACAGGACUAAUUUCCCACCAGCAAGCUCUCCACUAGUCAAUGGCAUGGAUAAACCGCAUUUAGAACCUGACGCAAAAUACGCACAGACGCCGAAUGGAUUGCCCACAGCGAACAGCUAUGUCACAGCGCACAGCAUCCCUCCCUACCACCCUCCCACCCGAGUGUCACCCUACAUGGGGUACAGCGCCACCACGUCGGCCUAUGUGACCGGAGCCACAUGGCGUCCGGGCAGUGGCAGUGCUCUAUCUCCCCACAGCUGUGACAUCUCCGCCCCGCUGGCCUUCAAGAGCGUGACGGCCAACCGCGACGCCGUCCACCCGGUCGCCGCCUCGGCGCUGUGAAGCCGGGCCCCUUCCGCAGACCGGCGGGAGUCAAGGGGGGAGGGUGGGGACGAGAGGACGGGGGGACGCCGCCGCGCUCGACCUGCCCCCCACCCCCCGUGGCUUCGUCUUGUGCUCACCGCCACCCCUCUCGAUGAAGGACUCGGCCCCAGGACCCAGAUUUGUGCCUCGGAGUGUGACACACACUUCCGCCCUCUCCCACCUCCCGAGCUAGACACAGUCAGACGAAAACACACGAGGAAUAAGCCGUCUGUCGAUCUUCACAACAAACUUGUUGUCUAAAAGAACUUGCGGGACAGGUGCUCAGGAGGACUGAAAGACUGCGACUCCAUCCAUCAACAGAACUCCUCUCAGAUUCUUUACGGCACACUCCUGCAAAUGCCUUCGGGGUAAUGUAUAUCUUCAUGAAUAUGCAAUCAAAGAAAAGGGGGAAAAACAUUGCAUUAGUGUUUCAGGGUGCUUAAUAUUUGCUAUUGUUUUUUUUUUUUCCUGUUUUUUUAAUGUUUGUAUGCUUUUGUUGUUGGUUCUGAUUUGAUAAAACUGUCGUAUGGAGCAUCGUUUCACCACUUCUCUAAAAAUGUAGCCUGUGCAAGAGCUCCAGAGAGAAGCUUAUUUAUUAGAUUAAGGUACGUUGAAUGAAGUGCAAUUAGCCUGACAGAAAGCAUGGAAACCUCCUCGCACAUGUAGACAAAAUUGGCAUUGGUCUUAUGUUGGAGUUUAGAGCAUUAACAAUUGACAAAUGUUGCACAAUGAAAUUGAAUGUAUCUUAUUAAAUUGUUUGGCUGUU